AAGUCUACUCGUUGUAAAAAAAACUCCGUAGCUCCCUGAGGGAAGAUAGCCCUCAAUACUGCUACGCCAGAGCCAUCUCCGAAGAUUCCUCCUCCACCCCUAAAGAAGAUCAGAAUGUCCGAGGGCGAUGUCGUCCCCAAGAAUGGGCCCGUUGUGAUCGAGGCCCACAAUAUCGCAACCUAUCCGGUUCCCUCCAAAUACUUUGAGAAGCAUCCCGCAAAGCCUCAUUUGACUCUCGAGGAGUACAAGGUUCAGUACCGCGAAUCCAUCGAGAACCCCGACAAAUUCUGGGGCGAGAAGGCGCGCGAGCUCCUGCACUGGGAUGUUCCCUUCCAGACCGUCCGCAGCGGCAGCUUCGAGCACGGCGACGCGAGCUGGUUCCUCGAGGGUCGUCUCAACGCCUGUUACAACGCCGUUGACCGGCACGCUUUCAAGGACCCCAACCGGUCCGCCAUCAUCUACGAGGCCGAUGAGCCCACCGAGGGUCGCAUCAUCACCUACGGAGAGCUCCUGCGGCAGGUCUCCAAGCUCUCCUUCGUGCUCAAGCAGAUGGGCGUCAAGAAGGGAGACACCGUCGCCGUGUACAUGCCCAUGAUCCCCGAGGCUCUCGUGGCUCUCUUGGCCAUCGUCAGAAUCGGUGCCGUCCACUCGGUCGUGUUCGCCGGUUUCUCGUCCGAAUCCCUGCGGGACCGUGUGCUCGAUGCCGGCUCCAAGAUCGUCAUCACCACCGACGAGGGAAAGCGCGGUGGAAAGAACAUCGGCACCAAGAGGAUCGUUGACGAAGCCCUCAAGUCGUGCCCGGAUGUCCACAACGUCAUCGUCUUCAAGCGCACCGGCACCGAAGUCCCGAUGACCGAGGGCCGCGAUGUGUGGUGGCACGAGGAGACCAGCAAGUACCCGGGCUACUGCGCUCCCGAGCUUAUGUCCUCCGAGGACCCCCUGUUCCUGCUGUACACUUCCGGCUCCACCGGAAAGCCCAAGGGUGUGAUGCACACCACCGGAGGAUACCUGCUCGGCGCCGCCAUGACCGGAAAGUACGUCUUCGACCUGCACCCCGGUGACAAGCUCGGUACCGCCGGAGAUGUCGGCUGGAUUACCGGCCACACCUACUGUGUCUACGCGCCGCUCCUGCUCGGUGUCACCACCCUCGUCUUCGAGGGAACCCCCGCCUACCCCAACUUCUCGAGGUACUGGGACAUCAUCGACAAGCACCAGAUCACCCAGUUCUACGUUGCGCCCACCGCUCUCCGUCUCCUCAAGAGGGCCGGCGACCACCACAUCAACAAGGAGAUGAAGAGCUUGCGAGUGCUGGGAUCCGUCGGAGAGCCCAUCGCCGAGGAUGUCUGGACUUGGUACCAUGAGAAGGUUGGAAAGGAGGAGUGCCACAUCGUCGACACCUACUGGCAAACCGAGACCGGAUCACACGUAAUCACUCCCCUGGGAGGUGUCACCCCCACCAAGCCCGGUAGUGCUUCGCUCCCCUUCUUCGGUAUCGAGCCUGCCAUCAUCGACCCGGUUUCGGGCGAGGAGCUGCACGGCAACGAUGUAGAGGGUGUUUUGGCUUUCAAGAAGCCAUGGCCCAGCAUGGCCAGAACCGUUUGGGGAACCCACCAGAGAUACAUGGACACUUACUUCAACGUCUACCCUGGCUACUACUUCACGGGAGAUGGAGCUGGUCGUGACCACGAGGGCUACUACUGGAUCCGCGGUCGUGUCGACGACGUUGUGAACGUUAGCGGGCACCGCCUGUCGACCGCCGAGAUCGAGGCGGCACUGAUCCACCACCCGGCGGUCGCGGAAGCGGCCGUCGUCGGAAUCUCGGACGAAUUGACUGGCCAGGCGGUCAACGCCUUCGUCUCCAUCAAGGACGCCUUCAAGAACACCCCCGAGCUGCGCAAGGACCUGAUCGUGCAGGUGCGCAAGUCGAUCGGCCCUUUCGCCGCCCCCAAGAGCGUGUACGUCGUCAACGACCUGCCCAAGACCCGCUCCGGAAAGAUCAUGCGGAGAAUCCUGAGAAAGAUCCUCUCCGGCGAGGAGGACCAGCUCGGUGAUACCUCCACCCUGUCGGAUCCUUCAGUCGUCGACUCGAUCAUCAAGACGGUGCACGAAGCGCGCGGGUCGAAGUAAAGCAGCGGCAGCGGGUGUCUAUUAUUUCUUUGGGAUUUUGUUUUGCUCUUUGCUUUUUCUUUACUUUUUCUUUUUUUCGUGUUUGCUUUUCUUUGUGUUUGUGGCGUGUAGGGUUCUUUUCCGGAUAUCUUUUUUUUUGUUGCGUGCUCUGCUCAUUCAUUGCGCGACGUCUUCUUCCCAGGGGGGUUUCGAGUUACAUGUAUUGUAC